GCUAAAUGAAAGCUCCUGAAUUUUCGAAUCUAGUGAUUGAGAUUAGUGAAUGCAAAUAGAAAAGUUCAUGGGGAAAUGAUUGUCAGAAAAGAAUGUAAAAAGAUAGUUAUAAGUUGUAAAUGAUUACUAAAAAUACAGUAUUGUAUAUUAAGAAAUUAGUUUAUAAAUCCAUUCAAUAAUGAAUUUGUAGCAGAAGAUUACUUAGAUAAUUCCAUGAGUUUAUACUUCCAACCAGGAGAUCUGUAAAGGAUUGAUUACCAAUUUCAUAAGCAUAUCACCAAAGAUUAUCAGGGACAAAUUAAAAUAGAGUAGAGUUCCCAAUAAUCUUAGAGGAUUACUAGAUGAAUAGAAAUGGAGUAUCUUUUCCACCAAUUCAUUCAAAUAAAUUUAUGAAGGCAAGAAUACUGCAGUCUGGUCUCGUAUAGUAUUUAUGCGUAGUAAUUUCUCAACUAAUUAUAAUCGUGAAUAUUAAACAGUUACUGAUUUAUUAUCUAAAAUUGGAGGUUUAUCACAGUCAGUGAUUUCUAUUAUAGGAGUAAUAAUAACUUAUUAUAAUAGAGCAUAAUGUAAAUAAUCACAACUAAUUAGUUUAUUUGGAUAUUUCCAAUCGUCUUUAUGAUUAUGAUUUUAAUAUUGAUCAUGAUUAAGGUACUAAAGGUUCAGGAUUAGUUGAUCCUCUGCAUUUUAGUGUUUAACUUUAGCAAGAAUCUGCUCAACCUCUUAAGAAAAAAAGGAAAUUAUAAGAUAACCCUGAUCUUACUAAAUAACCUGAAUAAGAUUCUAUGGAAGAAGAUCCUUAAUACAAAGAAAGAGUCUUAAAAGUUGUAGAAGAAUAAAAAUAAUUUAUGGAUAAAUAUUAGUUUAAAAGUAGAAAACAUUUUCUGCUUGCAACUUUCUAAUAAACUAUAUUGAUGAAAAAAACUAUCUAACUUAAUCUUAAAUAUUUCUUCUAUAAACUAUUCUGUCGUAAAUCAAAUCCUAAAUAAGAACCCUAAUUAUAUAUUUUAUAAAAGGCCUUGACUUCAGUUAGACAAGAAUUAGAUGUUUUUUCUAUCUUAAAUAGAAUUCAUUAAUUAGAAAAACUUAAAAAGAUACUUUUAGAUAGAGAUCAAUUAAUACUUUUUAAUUAUUCUCCAAAACCAGUUAUUGCAAUUAAUGAAAAAGACAAAGAAACAGAUUUCUUGCAUUAUUCUAAACAAUAAUCUCUUAAGCAAAUGACAUUAAUUGAAGUGGCAGAGAAUAUUAAAAAACAAUUAAAAAACUCUUUCUUAACAAAAGAACAUCUUAGUAUUGAAAAUGUGUUUAAUUCAUAUAAGGCAAUAGCUGCCAAGAAUAGAAAAUCAAAUCGUUAUUAUUAUAAAAUUAAUAGAAAAUUGAAAUCAUUUUUAGGAGAUUAGGUAAAGGCUAUCUUUAAAGCCUCAAAAUUAUUAAAGUUUCCUGAAGAUGAUUAGAUUCCUGAGAUGUGUGUAUUAGAUAUAAUGUCAGUAGGAGGUGAUACGGCAGCUUAAAUGCCAUUAAGUAUGCGUCCAUCUGUGAAUAUAAAUCAACAAUACUAAUGAUUAUUAAUAUAUAUUAACGAAUUAAUAUGUCUGUUAUUUUUGAAGACAUCGAGGUAUUGUAUAGAUAAUGAAGUUAGAAUUUACAUAAUCUACAAUUUCAAUUUACGCAGGCUUUACGAAUAGGCAAAUUCAUAUACUAUUUAGGUAUUGCUUUAGUAUAAGUUAGAGAAUUCACUACUUCGUAAAGUAAGUAUAGUUGAGAACAAUUAUUCAGAUAGUGUUAUUGUGUAAGCAGAAGUUUCAAUGAUUUGUACAGAUGGCAAACUAGUAUACUCAUUAUUAUGUAAGAUCUCUUUAAUAACAUGUUUAGAAAAUGGAGAUAUUUAUUAAAUAGAAUAGCCACCACGUCUACUCAAAACAGGAUAUCAUUAUAAAUGGAUUUCUCCAAUUGCUGCAAUAGAUCAAUCUCAUAGAGGAUUCUUUUGGAAAUCUAAUAAAUAGAUCUAUAGUCAUUGCAAACACAUUUCCUCUUAUUAAGAUAGAAUCAUUCUCAUUACGAUUGGAGGUAAGAUAUUUAAUGUGGUAAAUGGUUAAACUCUUUCUAUACCAUAAUUAAAUGGAUUGAAAUUGAAUACUUAUUUUAAAAAGUCUAUACUAUUUUCUCUUGGUGGAGUUACCAUAACUGAAAAUGGAGAAUUCUAUUUAUUCAAUCAAAAAAUGAUAAGAAUUAAAAUUAAAGAUAUCCAAGAUAUCUUUUCCACUGAUAAAUACAUAUUUGCUCUACAAAAUAAUAAUACUAUUUUACAAUACUCUAUUUAAGAAAUUGAAUCACAUCAAUUCUUUACCAAUUAGUUGAUCUUUCAGAAAAUGCAUUAUUGCAAUGAUAUUGAAUUUAAAUAUAAACUAAGACAUUUUUCAUAAAUAUCUAUACUUUAAUCAGAAUACUCUCUCUUUUCAUUUGCACAUAUAUAAGAAAAUAAGAUUCUUGAUACAAGUCUCAAUAUAACUGAGAAGACCAUACACCAAAUUCACAAUAAAAGUAGUGUAAUAAGCAUGAAGUAAUCAUUAUUUGAGGAUUGGGAUUCGAAAAAGAGAGUCUUAGAUACAAGAAGUUCUACUACUAUUGAUAAUUAACCUCAAUUAGAAUCUUAAAAAAAUGAAGGAAUAACACUUACUUUAGCAUAGAAAUUAGCAACAAUAAGAGAAAGCUUAAAUUUUGAAAAACCAUCAUUACCUUAAGUUGAAAAUGAUAAAUAAGAUCACAAUAGAUAAAAGAGUUUUAUUUAAUUACAUUAAAUAGUAUGUGAGGAUUUACCUAAAAUUCCAACUCCAAUAAAAUUAGAUCAUUUACUUAAUAAAAUUCAUGUUAAUAAACCAGAAAAACCAAUAGAUUAAUUAUUAUUAAUUUAAAAUAAAUAGGAUUUAUAAGAUUCUUUACCAACCUUUUAAAAUGAUAAUCAAUUUACUAACAAUGACACUAUUAAUAAAAAGAAGUCUAAGUAAAACAAUCCGACUUCAAGAUCAAAUAAAAGAUAAGAUAGUAUGUCAGCAUAAUCUGGUAUUGAUUUUCAAAAUAAUAGUGGAUUUAUUUAAUAAUAAGAUAGUUUUGUUGAUAUGUUGGAUAAUGAUUCCAAUAAAAAAGAUUUUCCUUUACAAUUAUAACCAUUUGACAAAUCUAAUAAAUAUAAAAGAAAUACUUUGGAUACUAUAUAAUCAUAUGAAAAUGAAUAGGAUCCAAAAACUACAAAUAGAUUAUCAAAUAAAAAAGAUUAAGUUCUUUAAUUAAGUAAUCGAUCUCCAAUUAAGGAAACAUUUAGAGAUCCUCUUCUAACUGAUAGAAGUUCUGCAAAAAGAAAUAUUGAAUAAGCUAAAUAAGAUUUAGAAACAUUGGUGAAUAUGAUAAAUAAAUAAAAAGAAAAUACUGAAACUACUAAAUCUAUUAGUACUGAUCAUAUUAAAUAAAAAUCAAGUAUAAGAAUGAUAUCUCCUCCUAUUUAAGUAGGAUUAGCACUUAGUCGUCCAGAAAGUAAAAUUACUCCACUUAAAAAUAGAAGAUCAUCACUUAUUACUGAAUCUUCAUAAUAAGAGUCUUUUAAGAUGCCUUAAAAAGUCUUGAAGUCAAAUAUAUCAUUAAAAUUAAAUACUUAACAAUCAUUAAAUUCAUCAAGUUAGAAUUCUUAAUUUUAAUUUGAUUCUCAUAACUUUAAGUAAUUGAAUACUUUAUAAGAUUAAGAAUCAUAAUUGGAUUUAAAAAGUGCCAAAACACUUUUUGAUUAAUCAAUCACUUAAUAAUUUAAAAAAAUUGAUUAAAUUAAAGGGCUUAAGAAAGUUUAAUGUUCAUCAUAAGUAAAUGUUUUGCGAAAUAACAGUUUGAGUAAAAAAUCAAGCAUAAUUGUUAAUAAUCAUAUAUAGAUACCUAAAUUGAAUUUAAGGAAGUAGGAAGCAAUUUUGAAGAAAUUAUUCUUUCGUUUAGAUGUAAGAUUGAAAUUGUCGAAAUUAGAAUUUGUGAAUAAUUUAAAAUGUUUGAUUUGA